AUGCUGUCUCAAACCCCUGCUUGUCUGGCUUGUGAGCAAGCCUCGGCAAGUUUCCUCCUGUUGUUGCGUGCUCACAAGCUUAGCUCGUUAGGAAGGAAGCGACGACGCACGGGCACAGGGAGACACACUCUCUCUUACACCAGACCGUCAUAUUCCAACACGCCAUACUCGCAAGGCAACGGCACCGUCACUACUGACGAGCAUCCACGAGCCCGUUCUCAACAGUCGUCUUUGGUCAUUGGGCAGUCGUCGUCGACCAAUUGGCCAGGUCCAACUCUUCCCGUCGGCAAAAGCGAAGACCCCAGUCCCAACAACGAGACGUACAUUGGCAGAGCGCACUAUCUGGACCAUGAUACGCCAUUUGACGAAACACAGGCUCGCGACGUCGCGGUCCCCCAGCGACGGCAGCCCUCCGAGUCAGAAAAUGCUGUUCUACAGCUCUUCAAUGCUUUCGAGUUGCCGCCACGGGCAGUCUUCCGCAGUCUGCUCGAUAGUUUUCUCACGUACUGUCAGCCUUGGACACCUGUCCUCACGCGUGGCGAUAUAGAUCUCGGCGGUCAGCAAGCUCUGUCAUACCUCAUCUGUCAGUCGAUGUUUGUGGCUGCGAGUCGGGUCUCGACAGCUCCAAGUACACGUUCGUUCGCCACAACAGAUCAGUUCUACCAGCGAGCAAAGGCUCUUUUCUUCAUGAACCACGAGCUGGACGCGUUGGCGGUAAUCAAAGCUACGAUCAUGCUGCAGUGGUACACGCCUGUGGGGCCGGAGCAAGUUUCUUAUGAUGCAGGUGAAUUCUGGCUUAGAGUCGGAGUGGCCAUUGCUUUUCAGAUUGGUCUUCACCGCGAGUCGCCACCCGGACCUACUGCCGCGGCAAGGAGAAGGAUCUGGUGGACUCUAAGGACACGAGACGCGUGCAUGACAGUAGCCCAUGGUCGGCCCCGGGCGAUCAACCCAGACGACACCGAUGUGGGCCCUAUACGACCGGAGGAUCUGGUCGAUGCCGCUGGUAGAGGCGAUGGACAAUUAUUCGCCGCGUACACGAAUAUUUGCUCCAUCCUCGGUGAGAUCUCGGAGACCUGUUCAAGAAACACCAUGACGCUGGCAAAGCAUCAAAACUUCGAAACCCUUUUGCAGGAAUGGCCCUCCCAAAUCCCCGAACACUUGCGAUUCCCCAAAUUCGGCGUGAGCACAGAGAGAUACAUGUCAUUGCAGUCUCAGCUGAACCUCCGCCAACUUCACCUUCCGUACCUGCUCAGCCUCGCCAUCAUCGGUCGUUCACUGAAAAGGGAAACAAUCUCGGCUCAACCUGUCAUUGCGGCUUCUUUCGUGGCAGGCAUCUUCAGGGACUUCCUUGCGCGGGACGAAAUCAAACAUCUCGCACCAAUCUUCUCACGAUACUGCAUCGCCUCUGGGUUUUUCCUGGCCCUGUUGCAGCCUCUCACAGAGGUCUGGGCAGCUUGCCAAUCCGACAUGGAUGUUUUCCGCAAAUCUCUCGAGGAACUGGGUCAGAGAUGGAAAUCGGCCAAAUCGGGGCUGAGGGCGCUGGAACAUUUCAUUUCCCUGCGAGAGAAGCAGCCGCAGCGAGCUGUGCAGAAGGUCGUGUGGCUGACCGACCACCAAAGAAGAUUCUUCGACUGUUUCCCGCGAGACUAUUGUCUUAGCUGGGCGCCCCUCUACGAACAUUGUAGACUUAAUCCUGCAGGUCAGGAUCAUGUUGAUGGGAAUGCAACGACGCACACGAAUGUUCCCUUAGUUGACACCUCUGUUGUUGACAGAGUAUCCGAAGAUCAAUGGGCAUUCAAUGACGCGGAUUUCGAACAGUUCAUGUGGACCAACACUGAAGACUGGUUUUCUAAUAUCUAA